GUUAAGGUGUGUUUUCAUUGUGUGUUGAUAAGCGACACAUCAUGAAGACUGGCCGGCUGUGUCCCGCCUGUUUGAUUUUGGGGUUCUCCUGAGCGUGUCUGGCUGGCGAACCAAAGCAGCAAACAGCCAGAAGCACCAGCCGCAGAGACGAGACAGCAGCAGGCAACAACAACACAACGAAAUUUCGUCGAUUGAGUAUCUAUCUAUCUAUCUAUUGUUGUUGACAUCAAGAUGAGUUUUUCCGCCGCGACCAGCCGCAGCAACAGCAUAGAGAUCACUGCGGAGACGACGUUGAAUCAACUGCGUGGAUUGGACUUUAGUGAUGCGAGUGGAACAACGAGUAGUCGACGCCGUGCGCAGCAAGAAAUGGGCAAGAGUUUGAAUUUUUUGAAUUUGGAUCGUCGUACUUCUAUCAACGAUAUUAGUAAUAGUAAGAAGACGACAGUAGGAGGAGCGUCGCCUCGUCUCCGAUUGAUGCAGAAUCGAAUCCGUCGUUUGAAGAAGAACAACCACACCGUGGAACGACUGUACGCCAGUGACUCGGCGCUCUUUCGCAACACCAAGGGGGACGAUACCGAAGUACAGCGCGAUGUAUGGUUCAAGAGUCUGUAUCCCAAACAGGGGGCGCUCGAAAAACUAGACGAAGCCGAACAAGAGUACGAAGACUCACAGAACAAUUCGGAAGCGGACGAUCUGCACAUGAGUGGAACCGACUUGUGGUUGUUUGAAGCCAACCAGAGUGCACCGGGAUUUCUACCAGGCGAAGCACCCAAAUUGGAGGAACUAGAAGACUCGGAAGAUUCACAAUCACACGUAAGACGGUAACCAUCCAUAGGGUAUGCCCCAACAAACAAACAACAAAAUAAAACAAAAUCAACCAUCAACAAUUGACCUAUUUUUCAAUCAAUCAAUCAAUCAAAUCAAUUCUAGUAUGAUAUCUGGUAAAUCAAAAAAGGGGAAAUUAUUUAUACUAGCUAGUAUUCUAUUCAUUC